AUGCCGGCAGGACACGGAGUUAGAGCUAGGACGAGGGACUCCUUCUCGAGGGGAUUCAGAAAGCGUGGAACCAUCAACCUCAGCACGUAUCUUCGGACCUUCAAGACCGGAGACUAUGUCGACAUCAAAGUGAACGGCGCCAUCCACAAAGGCAUGCCCCACAAGUACUACCAUGGCCGCACUGGUCGCAUCUGGAAUGUCACCAAGCGUGCUGUUGGUGUUGAAGUCAACAAACAGGUUGGUAACAGGAUUAUCAAGAAGAGGAUCCACGUCCGUGUGGAGCACGUUCAGGCUUCUCGCUGUGCCGAAGAAUGUAAGCAGAGGGUUAAGAGGAAUGAUCAAUUGAAGGCUGAAGCUAAGGCCAGAGGUGAAGUUAUCAGCACCAAGAGGCAGCCAGAAGGUCCAAAACCUGGCUUUAUGGUGGAAGGUGCAACACUGGAGACUGUUACUCCUAUUCCCUAUGAUGUUGUCAAUGAUCUCAAGGGCGGAUACUGA